UUUUUAAAUCAAAAUCGUCGCUUCUAAAAGUUAAAGUAUUUUCAAAUCAAGUAGAAAAUGACUUUAACAGAUUACACUCAUCUAAAACAACAAAUAAUAUUAAGCGCAGGUCAAAGUGAUAAACAUAGUCAAAUAUUAGGUGUACUAAAAGAAUAUUAUAAAGAUGAAAUUGAUUCUCCAAGAAGAUAUGAGAAUAUAAAUACUAUAGGAGAGCUAAUGAGAGUAUUAGAAAUAAGGGAUAUUUUAUCGGAAGAUAAUGUCAUGCCCUUAAAAGAAGUGGCUUCUAGACUUUCAAACAACAGGGAACUUUUACGCAAAAUACAUAACUACGAAUCGACUCAUGUCCCGCGAGGAAAUAUCAAUCAAUAUGUGAUUGACCAACAUUGUAACCAUAGUACAUACAAAAAUGAGACUAUUGAGACUAUGAACAGUAAUCCGUUGGGUACAAUGAGUAAACGGAAAAAGGAACGAAUAUUGGAAACAAUAACAGAAGAAAUAGGAAUCUUUUGGCGUGACCUAGCAAGAAAUCUCAAGAUUCGUGAAUGUGUUAUAGAUGAAAUUGAUUUAAACAACAAGAAUCUAUCAAUGAAAGCAGCAAAAUUAUUAGAAGCUUACGAACACAAGGCAGAUCCUCAGAGAUGGUUUUUUGUACUGUGUGAAGCAUUAGAAAAAGCUCGCAGAAAAGACAUUAGUAGAUCAUUACAAGAUAUAAUGUCAAUGAACAUAUAAUUGAUAUGCAACUGCAAUUUACAACAAAAUUUACUGCAGAUUUUAUACUUGAAAAGGUAUAUAAACAGAAUAUCAAGCAUGUUAUCCGCCUAAUCCUUCAAAAUAAGGAGCAAGAGUGACUUAAAAUUAUGCAAUACUUAUUUACUGCACACUAUCAUCAAAUUCGUUUUAUUAUAUGCAGAAAAGCAUUUCAUGAUUAUGUCAUAAAGGUAAGGUCAUGAAAAUUAAAAUUUAAAACAGGCAAAUGUCUUGAGGUGAAGGUGCAAUUUGAGUCUCAUGUGACCAAUGACACCAACCGCAACAAAAUUAUUUAUUUGCAAUAUAAUAAAUGUGAUAAAUUUAUGACUCCAAAGCCUUAUCCCACUCACAUGUUAUCGUCAUACAAGGUUUUAAAAAACUUAAUGUUUUGGCUUCAUUUUUUACAGCGGGUAGACUGCCUGUAGCCAACCCUACUUAGUAGGAAAAAGUUAACUAUU